UACAAAUCCAUUAUCCUUUUCAGCAUUUGUGGGAAAAAAAUGUCAGGCAUGCAAAGGACUCUCAGGCGGGAAACGGCUAAUUUGGGGGAAAUCCCUCCCUCCAAAACCACACUCUUAUCGUCCUCACAGAUCCGUCCUUCUCUAAAACCCUAAAAUCUCUUCUCAAUCCCCAACCCAACUCUUCUUUGUUCUCAAUUUUCCCGACUAUAAACCCCCCAAAAACAACAACUUUCUUUCUGUUUUCAGAUUCCUCCAACAGAGACAGAAAGAGACUCUCUCAGUGGAAGAUAUAUAUAUAUAUAUAUAUAGAGAGAGAGAGAGAGAGAGAGAGAGAGAGAGAGAGCAAAAGCCCACCAAAGCCCACAACUUUUGCUCUCUCUUUCUUCUUUUCAAUUCUAUGGCAUUUCCUUGCAGAAACCAAGACGACGACACGAACGUCGACGUCCAUUCCGCCGCCGGGACCCCUCUCCGGUACGUCUCUCUCGACCACGUCUACUCCUCCACCUCACCUUGCGUCAGCGCCAGUGGGUCCUCUAACGUCAUGUCCAAGAAGGUUAAAGCUCGCAAACUCACGAUGGUGAACCAUUUCGACAACCACGACGACGACGACGAUUGUGAUGAGCAGCAGAAGAUGACGACGACGACGACGACGACGACGACAUCGACGGUUGUAGCGGAGUCGUUUUAUGAUAAACCCCUACCUCCUCCUUCUCCUCCUCCUCCUCUUAUCCGCGUCUACUCUCGCCGGGUGAAGAAGCCCCGGCAUUCGAGGGAAAUCAUGACUGCGUCGACAACGACGGCAUCGUUUUACGAUUCGUUGCUUUCUCGGGCUGAGUCCAAGAGUGACGUUUUGGUUGGGGAGGAGGAUUGUGUUGGUGGAAUGGAAGAUUCGAAGGUUGAUAGGUUGUUGUUGAAGAAGAAGAAGAAGAGAGGUAAUUUGGGGAUCGGUGAGUUGGUGAAAUUGGGUGUGGAUGAGAACGUGCUUUCCAGUCUGGAUAGGCCACGGUUGAGGGAUUGCCGGAGCUAUACUAGCAAUGGCGUCACUUUGAAGAGGAAGAGGCGUAAUUCUUCCAAGAAUUCAGACAAGCUUUUGUCUGAUUCGCCAUCUACUAAGAGAUGGGUCAGGUUGAGUUUUGAUGGUGCUGAUCCGAAAGCAUUCAUUGGAUUGCAAUGCAAGGUUUACUGGCCUUUGGAUGCUGAUUGGUAUGGUGGUCGCGUUGUGGAUUACGGUUCCGACUCUAAUCAACAUCUUGUUGAAUAUGUAGAUGGUGACAAGGAAACUUUGACUCUCUCAAAUGAGAGGAUUAAAUUUCAUAUUUCUCGUGAAGAAAUGGAAAGUUUGAAUUUGACUCGCAGUCUCAAGAGUAUGGACACUGAUGUCUAUGAUUAUAAUGAGAUGGUUGUUUUGGCUGCAAUCUUGGAUGACUAUGAAGAACUUGAGCCCGGGGAUAUCAUAUGGGCCAAGCUUACUGGUCAUGCUAUGUGGCCAGCAAUUGUUGUGGAUGAAUCACUUAUUGUUGAUCGUAAAGGAUUAAACAACAUUUCCAAAGGAAAAUCAGUUCCAGUGCAGUUUUUUGGUACCCAUGAUUUUGCAAGGAUUAAAGUGAAACAGGUUAUCUCAUUUCUCAGUGGACUUCUCUCCUCUUUCCACCUGAAGUGCAAGAAGCCUCGAUUCAUUCGGGGGUUGGAAGAAGCUAAAAUAUAUCUGAGUGAACAGAAGCUUCCAAGAAGAAUGUUACAGCUACAAAAUGGAAUUAAUGUUGAUGAUAAUGACGAUGCAAGUGGAGAGGAUGAAGGGAGUUCAGAUUCAGGUGAAGAUUAUAUAGAAGAUCUUGGGAUUCAGAGAGCACUAGAGAGUCUUCGAACUUCUCCAUAUGUGAUAGGGGAUUUGCAAGUGAUAAGCCUUGGAAAGAUUGUCAAGGACUCAGAACAUUUUGAAGAUGAUAAAUGCAUCUGGCCUGAAGGAUACACUGCUCUAAGGAAGUUUACCUCAAUAACAGAUCCAAGUGCAACUACUUUAUAUAAGAUGGAAGUGCUGAGAGAUGCUGAAACAAAGAUUAAACCUCUUUUUAGAGUGACAUUGGAAAGUGGAGAGCAGUUCAAAGGAUCCACUCCAUCUGCUUGCUGGAAUAAAAUAUACAAAAGAAUAAGGAACAUCCAAAACAGUGCUUCUGACAGUUCGAAUGGAGAAGGAAGGUCAGAAAGGAUAUAUAAAUCUGGUUCUGAGAUGUUUGGUUUCUCUAAUCCUGAAGUAAUGAAACUUAUAAAGGGAUUGUCAAAAGCCACCCUUCCUUCAAAAGGUUCCAUGCACAAGUUGGUCUCUAGAAGAUAUGGAGAUCUGCCUGUUGGUUAUAGACCUGUUCGUGUUGACUGGAAAGACCUUGAUAAAUGUAGUGUUUGCCACAUGGAUGAGGAGUAUGAGAACAAUCUGUUCCUGCAGUGUGACAAAUGCAGAAUGAUGGUACAUGCAAGAUGUUAUGGAGAAGUGGAACCUUUUGAUGGAGUACUAUGGUUAUGCAAUUUAUGUCGGCCAGGUGCUCCUGAAUAUCCACCUCCUUGUUGCCUUUGUCCUGUUAUAGGGGGUGCCAUGAAACCUACAACUGAUGGUCGCUGGGCUCAUCUGGCCUGUGCAAUAUGGAUACCAGAAACUUGCUUAUCUGAUGUCAAGCGGAUGCAGCCAAUUGAUGGUUUAAGUAGAAUUAGCAAGGAUCGGUGGAAGCUGUUAUGCAGCAUCUGUGGUGUUGCUUAUGGAGCUUGUAUUCAGUGUUCAAACAAUACUUGUUAUGCGGCAUAUCAUCCACUUUGUGCACGUGCUGCUGGUCUUUGCGUUGAGCUUGAGGAUGAGGACAGACUACAUUUGCUUUCCGUAGAUGAUGAUGAAGAACAUCAAUGCAUUCGUCUUCUUUCAUUUUGCAAGAAGCACAAGCAACCAUCUAAUAAUCGUUCAUCUGCUGUUGAACGUAUAGGACAAACUACUCGGCAAUGUUCGGAGUACACUCCACCAUCUAAUCCAUCUGGCUGUGCUCGCAGUGAACCUUACAAUUACUUCGGUAGACGAGGGCGAAAAGAACCUGAAGCCCUUGCUGCUGCAUCUUUGAAGCGCUUGUUUGUCGAGAAUCAGCCUUACUUGGUCAGUGGUUACAGUCAACAUGAAUUUUCUGGCAAGUCACUGCCUUCCAAUGGAGAUGUCAGCUCUAAGCUCUUUUCAAACCUUCAAGGGCUGAAAACUGCUCAGCUUGAUGCUCCCAACAAUAUACUUUCCAUGGCUGAGAAAUAUGAAUACAUGAGGAAUACCUUCCGUAAGAGACUAGCAUUUGGGAAAUCAGGAAUUCAUGGAUUUGGCAUUUUUGCGAAGCUUCCACAUAGAGCAGGGGAUAUGGUCAUUGAAUACACUGGUGAACUUGUUAGACCUCCAAUAGCUGACAGGAGAGAGCGGUUUAUAUACAACUCAUUGGUGGGGGCUGGGACUUACAUGUUUCGGAUUGAUGAUGAACGAGUCAUUGAUGCCACAAGGGCUGGAAGUAUUGCGCAUCUAAUUAAUCACUCUUGUGAACCAAAUUGCUAUUCAAGAGUAAUAAGUGUUUGUGGGGAUGAGCACAUAAUUAUAUUUGCAAAGAGAGACAUUAGAAGAUGGGAAGAACUCACAUAUGAUUAUAGAUUUUUUUCAAUUGAUGAACAACUAGCAUGUUACUGUGGCUUCCCCAGAUGUCGGGGUAUAGUUAAUGACACCGACGCAGAAGAGCGAGCAGCAAAGCUAUAUGCACCUCGCAGUGAAUUGAUAGAUUGGACAGCAGAAUGAGAGAGAAUUGUCUUGUAAAAAAAAAAAUAUGAUACCGAAAGAAAACCUACCAAAAUUUGUUGCCUCCCAACGAUAUCUGUCUCAUGAUAUUUUUGUCGAGGUGGUAGGAUUUGCAGAGCUCUGAUUUUCAUUUUCUCGUUUCUUCGUGACACAACCAAGUGGGGGGUUUCAGCUGUUUUUGCUCAAGCUGUUUCCUGUUCUUGGUUUGGGGCAAAGAUUAAUCUGAGAAAGAAUGUCAUCAAGAAUCAUAGCAAAAGUUAAUUUCACUUACUGAGAAAGUAGGUUGUCUUGGUCGACUCAUUUUAUCUUUGACUAUGUGAAGCAGCAUUAAUUGAGCAUACAAUUGUUUAUAUUACCUUAAUCCUUGUAAAAAAACCCAAAAAAAAGAAAAAAAAAAAAGAAAAAGAAAUUCUUGAGUAUUAUAAAUGGAAAAGAAAUUGUUGCUGGUA